UAUAAAGCAAAGCUAAGAAACCAAAUAGGCCCAUGAGAACAAUAUGGUGAGCGGGAAAGCAGAAAAACCCUCAAAGCCACAGAAGAAAAAGACCUCCUUCAAAAACCCUAAAUCCCAUACCAACUUCAAGAACAUAAAGAAGCAGCCGCCUGCUACCAUUAACCCCAAGAACAAGAACAAAAACAAGAAAAAUGAUAUUCACCAAAUCAAUGACAAGAAGCAACACAAUAACAAGGAGCUAUCACCAGCUUCUGCUUCACAGCAGCUUAGUUUCUUUAUAGAUGAGUUUCAAUCAGCCAAUGGCCUCCAGCUUUCAUCCCUCGAGCUUGAAUCAAUUAAAGAGACAAGCUUUUUGGAGUUAUCUAAAGAACUGGGUCAAGAUGUUAAUGCCUUGGGAAAGCAAAUGAAGGCAGCUUUUGGGUCCUCAUGGAAAGAAGUCCUAUGUGAAAGGCAGCUUGUGGAAGGGAAAAUAGAAGCAGGGAAUCCAGCUGUUCUUAUUAUUAGUACUUCUGCAUUGAGAGUUAUCGAAAUUUUAAGAGGCGUACGUUCAUUGACGAAAGAAUGCCAUGCUGCAAAACUAUUCUCAAAGCAUAUGAAGGUCGAGGAACAGGUUACCUUGUUGGAAGACCGUGUGAAUUUUGCUAGUGGCACACCAAGCAGGGUGAAGAAGUUGAUUGACAUUGAGGCGUUGGGGCUUUCACGGUUGGCAGUGGUUGUGCUUGAUAUUCACACUGAUGUUAAGGGCUAUUCAUUGUUGACACUUCCACAAGUCAGAGAUGAGUUCUGGGAUUUAUACAAGAACUACUUCCACCAGCGACUUAUACAAGGUUCUCUCCGCAUCUGUCUAUUUGGUCCAUUGCCAAAUGGAAAUGUAUUAAGGGGUAAAAAGAAAAAAGCUGCUGAUGAAUAAAUGGUGCGUCAAAGUUCCAAAGGGACUUGGAGUCUAAGGCUUUGAGGUUUAGAGGCUAGAGUCGCAUGCACUUUGAGUCUGAGGCGUGUUAACAACUAUGAUGGGAUGGGAGUAGGGGUGCAAAUGAGCCGAGCCGAGCUUUUCAAUGUUCAGGUUUGGCUUGCAAAAAUUUAACUGAGCUUGAACUCGAUAAUUUUUUAUGUUUUAGAGCUCGAGUUCGGUUUGCUGUAAUUUUGAUAUGUUUGAGCUUGAUUCGCAAUGUUCAGGUUGGUAGAAUAUAUUAUUUCUAUAUUUAUUUAUGGAACUAA